AUGGAUGUCUUUUGGACGCUGCCCCCGGUCUCUAGAACCAUUACGGCGCUCUCUGUAGUUGUAUCCGCUCUGGGCUACGGCAAAAUCAUCAGCCUGUAUCAGUACAUCUUUGCGAGCCACAUGGUCUUCACCACGAAGAUUGUACCACAGAUCUGGCGCGUCUUCACUGCGUUUCUUAUCACGAAACCGAAGUUUGCCAUUCUGCUAGACCCGUACCUCCUAUACCAGUAUGGCAGCGCUAUUGAGCGCGAGUCGUCGCGCUUUGCACAGCCGGGCGACUUCUUCAUGUACACUGUGUUCGUUGGCUCGGUCAUAGUCGCGCUUGCUGGUGUCAUUCUCGACGGCUACACGUUCCUCCCCGCCCUCUCGCUCGCAUACGCAUACACCUUCGCCCAGGACAACCCGACGCGCCAGGUCAAUUUCUUCAUAGUGAACUUCGACUCCAAGUACCUGCCCUUCGCCAUGAUGUUCAUGACCUUCAUCAUCGACGGGCAGUCGGCGGCUCUCAACCAGCUCACGGGUCUUGUCGCCGCGCAUCUAUACGACUUCCUCACGCGCAUCUGGCCGACGUUCGGUGGCGGCAAGAACUACAUCUUCACACCGCAGGUCGUGAAGCGCUGGUUUGGUGCGACGCCGGGGACGGCGCAGAACCGGGGAUACGGACACGCUGUGCAGGGUCGUGGACGCGAGACUGGGUCGGACCAGCCCAGUACCGGACGUAGCACCGGUGCCCAGUUUGGCAGCAUGGGCCCUGGCCGUCGGCUUGGGGGGGAGUGA